ACUCUGUUUUCGCACCCUUCCCGUCUGCUUUAUUCGGAGCCUUCCCUCUACUGAAAUUGGAUGGUGGAUACAUCCAUUUCCCCUUCCGUUUUUCAUUUGUUUUAGGGUUUCAUUUUGUUCUUCUUUCUUGUUUCGAGCUUCCAGUUUCUGCCUUUUCUGGUUGCUGAAAGGAGAUGGCGGCGAACGGAACCGGAAACGGGAACCAAGAAUUCAGCUUCAAGAACGUUGCAGCUGCUGGCAACGGGCUCGCGAGGAUCCAAACUCAUAAGAAGCAAAAUGGAAUCUGUCACGACGACAGUUCCCCUCCGGUUAAAGCUCAGACGAUCGAUGAACUGCAUUCCCUCCAGAAAAAGAAAUCAGCGCCAACUACGCCGAUCAAAGGAACUCAAGGUGCUUUUGCCACAAUUUCCGAAGAGGAGCGCCAAAAGCAGCAGCUCCAAUCCAUCAGUGCCUCCUUGGCGUCGCUGACGAGGGAGACGGGGCCAAAGGUGGUGAAAGGAGACCCGGCGAGAAAAUCCGAAACACCCAGAGUUGCUCACGAGCAUCACUACACACCGGCAAUCAGCAUCAGUGACAGCGCUUUAAAGUUCACCCACAUCCUCUAUAAUCUUUCUCCAGCAGAGCUGUACGAACAAGCCAUAAAGUACGAGCAUGGAUCGUUCAUAACGUCGAAUGGAGCCUUGGCGACGCUCUCAGGAGCUAAGGCAGGUCGCUCUCCUAGAGAUAAACGCGUCGUAAGGGAUGAGACAACAGAAAAUGAGCUUUGGUGGGAAAAGGGUUCACCCAACAUUGAAAUGGACGAGCACACUUUCCUGGUGAACAGAGAAAGAGCCGUUGAUUACUUGAACUCGCUGGAUAAGGUAUAUGUGAAUGAUCAGUUUCUAAACUGGGACCCAGAGCACCGAAUCAAAGUCCGGAUUGUGUCGGCCAGAGCUUACCAUUCAUUGUUUAUGCACAACAUGUGUAUCCGACCCACGGCUGAAGAGCUGGAGAAUUUCGGUACUCCGGACUUCACCAUUUACAAUGCUGGGCAGUUCCCGUGUAAUCGAUACACCCACUACAUGACAUCCUCCACGAGCGUAGAUCUUAACCUUGCUAGGAGGGAGAUGGUCAUCCUUGGCACGCAGUACGCCGGGGAAAUGAAGAAGGGUCUGUUCAGCGUUAUGCACUACCUCAUGCCUAAGCGUCAAAUCCUGUCUUUACAUUCUGGCUGCAAUAUGGGCAAAGAUGGCGAUGUCGCCCUCUUCUUUGGAUUAUCAGGAACUGGGAAGACAACUUUGUCUACGGAUCAUAAUAGGUAUUUAAUUGGAGAUGAUGAACACUGCUGGAGUGAGAACGGUGUGUCCAACAUUGAGGGCGGUUGCUAUGCUAAGUGCAUUGACCUUUCAGGGGAAAAGGAGCCUGAUAUCUGGAAUGCCAUUAAGUUUGGAACCGUGCUGGAAAAUGUGGUGUUCGACGAGCACACUCGCGAGGUGGAUUAUUCCGACAAAUCUGUUACAGAGAACACUCGAGCAGCAUACCCAAUUGAGUACAUCCCUAAUGCGAAGAUUCCUUGCGUGGGUCCACACCCAAAGAAUGUCAUUCUUCUAGCAUGUGAUGCCUUUGGUGUGCUCCCGCCGGUGAGCAAGUUGAGCCUGGCCCAGACCAUGUACCAUUUUAUCAGCGGCUACACGGCUCUGGUGGCCGGGACAGAGGAUGGUAUAAAGGAGCCACAGGCAACGUUCUCAGCCUGCUUUGGAGCAGCAUUUAUCAUGUUGCAUCCCACCAAGUAUGCGGCUAUGCUGGCGGAGAAGAUGAGCAAACAUGGAGCCACUGGUUGGCUAGUUAACACUGGCUGGUCAGGUGGAAGCUAUGGCUCGGGUAACCGCAUCAAGUUGGCACACACAAGGAAGAUUAUUGAUGCUAUCCACUCCGGUAGUCUCCUGAGAGCUAAUUACACCAAAACUGAAGUUUUCGGGCUUGAGAUCCCCACUGAAAUUGAGGGCGUCCCUUCACAAAUCCUGGAUUCAAUGAACACUUGGUCGGACAAGAAUGCAUACAAGGACACCCUGUUGAAGCUUGCAGGUUUGUUCCAGAAAAAUUUUCAGGGGUUUAUGAAUUACAAGAUAGGAAAGGAUAAUUCACUGACCGAGGAGAUCCUCGCAGCUGGUCCUAUCUUCUGAUCUCACUAAAGCAAAGCAAUUAUGUGGGAGCUUGGGGUCUUAUUUAAAUGUUCUUUUUUAUAUGCUUUACUAAAAAAAAUCUAAAAAGCCCCUAGACAACUAUUAUCCCUU